UGUUGGAGUACUGUAUGGGAUAUGACACAGACAUUGAGGGAGCACAAAUAAAAACAAUUACCGAAACUCUUGCGGAAACGAUUAAACAACCAUAUUGCAUACUAGAUUGGACAAGAAAGCAGCAUUGUCAGAGGAUACGACAAAGUAGUUGGCCGCAAUGGAGGCAGUGCCUCGAAUGCCCAUGAUAUGGCUCGAUCUAAAAGAGGCAGGGGAGUUCCAGUUCAGCCCGUCUGUCAAGCAGUUCAUCCUGAAGAACUAUGGCGAGAACCCAGAAAACUACAAUGAGCAGCUGAAGAAGCUGGAGCAGCUGCGCCUGAGCGCGGUCAAUGUGACGCGGGACUUUGAGGGGUGUAGCACGCUGCGGAAGUACUUUGGUCAGCUGCACUACCUUCAGAGCAGGGUACCCCUGGGGACAGGCCAGGAGGCCGCUGUGCCAAUCUCCUGGACUGAGAUUUUCUCUGGAAAGACUGUCACCCAUGAUGAUAUCAGCUAUGAGCAGGCCUGUAUUCUCUAUAAUCUGGGUGCUCUUCACUCCAUGCUUGGGGCUAUGGACAACAGGGUGUCUGAGGAGGGGAUGAAGGUGUCCUGCACUCACUUCCAGUGCUCAGCUGGAGCCUUCUCCUACCUGAGGGACCACUUCAGCCACAACUUCAGUGUGGACAUGAGUCACCAGAUUCUCAACCUCAACAUCAACCUCAUGCUGGGACAAGCACAGGAGUGUCUUCUGGAGAAGUCCAUGCUGGAUAACAGGAAGAGCUUCCUUGUGGCGCGCAUCAGUGCUCAGGUGGUCGACUACUACAAGGAGGCAUGCCGGGCACUGGAGAACUCGGACACGGCCUCGUUGCUGGGGAAGAUCCAGAAGGACUGGAAGAAGCUGGUUCAGAUGAAGAUCUAUUACUUUGCAGCCAUUGCCCAUCUGCACAUGGGCAAACAGGCAGAAGAGCAACAGAAAUAUGGUGAAAGGCUGGCAUACCUGCAGAGCUCUUUAGACAAGCUGAGUGAAGCGGUGAAGCUGGCCAAGGGACAGCCAGACAGUGUGCAGGAGGCCUUGAAGUUCACCAUGGAUGUCAUUGGGGGAAAGUUCAACUCUGCCAAAAAGGAUAAUGACUUUAUUUACCAUGAGUCUGUGCCUGCACUGGACACGUUGCCCUCUGUUAAAGGUGCCCCCCUGGUGAAGGCCCUGCCCGUAAACCCCACUGACCCCAGUGUCACCGGUCCUGACAUCUUCUCCAAACUGGUUCCCAUGGCUGCCCAUGAGGCUUCCUCUCUCUACAGUGAGGAGAAAGCCAAGCUGCUGCGGGAUGUCAUGGCCAAGAUUGACAGCAAGAAUGAGACACUGGAGCAGUUCAUGGACUCUCUCAGUCUGGACCCUGACACUGUGGAUAAUUUGGACAUGUACAGCCACAUCCCCCCAGUGCUGAUGGAGAAGUGUGCAGCCCUAAGUGUGAGACCUGAUACUGUGAAGAGCCUGAUCCAGUCCAUGCAGAUGCUGUCGGGUGUGUUCACGGAUGUGGAGGCUUCUCUCAGGGAGAUCCGGGACGUCCUGGAUGAAGACGAGGCGGGUGAGCGGAGCCUGGAGGACGCGGUGGGGAAGCAGGCCGGGCCCCCCGCUCCGCCCACCCUGGCGGAGGUGCGCCGGGACCUGGACAAGUACCUGGAGGCCCACGAGAAGGCCAGCUUCACCAACACGGAGCUGCAUCGAGCCAUGAACCUGCACAUCAGCAACCUGCGCCUGCUGGGGGGACCGCUGGACGCCCUGAGAGACGCUCUGCCCCGCCCCGAUCUGAGCGAGGAAGAGGUAGCGGGGCUGCAGUGCAUGAAGCGGAUCUUGGGGAAAGUGCAGGAGAUGAGGGACCAGCGCAGCUCGCUGGAGAAACAGCUACGAGACCUCAUUCACCAGGAUGACAUCACCGCCGCUCUGGUCACCACGGAACGUGCUGACAUGAAGAGGCUGUUUGAGGAACAGUUGAAGAAGUAUGAGCAGGUUAAGGUGUACAUUGACCAGAACCUGGCGGCGCAGGAGAAUAUUCUGAAGGCUCUGACGGAGGCUAACGUGCAGUACGCCUCUGUGCGCAAAGGCCUGUCAGAGACUGAGCACAAGUGGAACAGCACGGUACAGACCCUGGUCUCUUCUUAUGAGGCUUACGAGGACCUGAUGAAGAAGUCUCAGGAGGGGAAGGAGUUCUAUGACGACCUGGAGGGGAAAGCCUCGCUCCUGCUGGAGAAGGCCAGAGCCCUGUGCAAGGCUCGGGAGGAGGAGAGGCAGGCACUGCUGGAGAGAGAGGUGCAGAAGAAGACGCCACCGCGCCCCACUGCCCCCAAGCCCCCCCUGCAGAAGAAGCCCUCCGACAUGGACCCAGCCUCCAGCCUGGAGGACCCGGAACUUGCCCAGCUGAGCGCGGCCAUCCUGAGCCUGGGAGGGGACCUGCCCGAGGAGCUGCGCAGCAUGCCCCCCGACUUCUCCUUCCCGGGCGGGGCUCGCCCCCCUGCCCCUGACGCCUUCCACCCGGGAGGCGGGGCCAGGCCCUCCCUCCACUGGCCCCACUUCCCCCCUCACCUGGCUCGGCUGCCGCGCUUCCCCACCCCGCAGCACCCGGGCUUCCCCCCCAACAUGCCCCACCUGCCCCAGCAGCAGCCGCACCCGCCCCAGCAGGCCUUUCCCCAGGGCCCGCAGCACGCCGCCGUUUCCAGCUACGGGGGGCCGCCGCAGCCCCAGGCUGGCCCACUGAGGGGAGCCGUCCCCGUCCGCCCCUCCACAACCACAGUGGACAGCGUGCAGACGCCCAUCGCCAGCUACACCCCCGCUUCAGGGCAGCCCGUCGCCCGUCAGCCCAACCCCCCUGUGCCUGGGGGAUACGCUGUGCCCUCACAGAUGGGCCACUUCCCCCCGUACCCCCCUCAGCCUGGGGUGCCCGUACACCCACAGCAGCCCUUCCCCCAGGCCCCCGGCCAGUUCCCUCAAUACCAGCCGGCCCCCGUCCCCGGCCCCACUCCCGCCCCUGGCCCUGCCCGACCCCAGCAGCCCUUGUCCAGGCCCCAGGGACCCCUCCCCGCCCCACAGCCCCAGUACCCACACUACAUGCCCCAGCCCCGACAGCCAGGGCCUCCCCACUUUCAGCAGCCUGCCUUUCCAGGACAGCUCCCGCCUCAGGUGCUCCCUGGCCUGCCGCCCCAGCCCCAGCCCGGGUACUUUCCACAUGCCUCACAGUCCCACAUGAUGGCUGGCCCCCACCCCCCUCAUCCACAGAUGCCCCCUGUUUCCCAGGCACAGUUACCCCCUCAUGCCCCUCAUCCACAAAUGCCCCCCUCUUCUCAGGUCCAGUUACCCCCUCAUGUGCCUCAUCCCCAAAUGCCCUCGGCCUCCCAGGCUCAAUUGCCUCCUCAUGCCCAUCAUCCUCAAAUGACCCCGGCCUCCCAGGCUCAACUGCCUCCUCAUGCCCCUCAUCCACAGAUGCCUCCAACCUGCCAGGCUCAGUUACCCCCUUAUGCCCCUCAUACACAAAUGCCCCCAGUCUCCCAGGCUCAAUUACCGCCUCAUGCCCUUAAUCCCCAAAUGCCCCCAGUCUCCCAGGCUCACAUGGUCCCUGGUCAGCCACUCCACCCCCAGCUCCCCCUCCGCAUGCCCCAGCAGCCUCUCCCCCCUCACUCAGGGACGGUGUGCUACCCUGGCAGUGUUCCCAUGAUGCCCCACCAGGCUGCACCAGGGGCCCCCCAGCAGCCCCAGGCACUUCCCCCCACUGGCCCCACGAACUACACUACCCCUCCCCCUCCAAGCGCUGCUGUCCAGGCCGGUCCCUUGCAGCACCCCACCCCUAUGGCACCGCCCCCAGGACCCCAGCCCCUCCCACAGCACAUGAUCCCCCCCUCCCCUUCUGCGCCGGUCGCGCAGCCGCCCAACAUCGUCCCACCCUCGCCGACCCCCUCGCCCUCCCCAUCACCAGGACCCCCCUCCCUGGGGCUGAUCCCCCAGAGACCCUCCCCUGCGCUCACUCCCGUAGGCGGGGCCCACCUGCCCCCAGCCGCCGCCGCCUCCUCCUCCGCCUCGUCCUCCCCUCCCAGCUCCUCCGACUCUCUGUUCCAGCGCCAGACCUCCAGCACUGACGACCUGCUGUCCUCCAGCCCCGAGAGCCAGCACGGGGGCGUCAAGGCCGCCGCCAACGUGCUGCUGCCCACCAAGGCCGACCCGCAGGACGGCCAGCGCAGGAGGAAGCAGGAGGCCGUGCGGCUGAUCGAGGGCGACCCGUACCAGGCGCCCGAGCGGGUCUCGCGGCUCUGCGCGGAGUUGGAGCGCUUCCGCGAGACGGUGCAGUCCCUGGAGCGGCCCCAGGCCGAGUCGGGGGGGCUGUCCGAGCUGGACGCCCGCUGGAAAGAGCUGCAGGAUCAGCAGGAGAGGGACGCCCGGCAGCUGUCCAUCGCCAUCGCCCGCUGCUACAGCAUGAAGAACCGCCACCAGGACAUCAUGCCCUACGACCGCAACCGCGUGGUGCUGCAGUCGGGGAAGGACGACUACAUCAACGCCAGCGCCAUUGAGGACCUGUCGCCUUACUGCCCGCGCAUCAUCGCCACCCAGGCGCCGCUGACGGGCACUGCGGCUGACUUCUGGCUCAUGGUGUACGAGCAGAAGGUGUCUCUGGUCGUCAUGCUGGUGUCUGAGCAAGAGCUGGAGAAGCAAAAAGUGCUGCCAUACUUCCCCUUGGAGCGGGGCCAACAGCUCUCCCAGGGCCCCAUCACGCUGACCCUCACCACCCAGAAGACCACGCCCACUCACGUGGAGCGUAUGAUCGGUCUGCAGUUCCGUGACCAGAGCUUGAAGCGUACGGUCAUCCACCUGCAGUUCACGUCCUGGCCUGAACUGGGCCUUCCAGACAGCAAAAGCAAUUUGAUCCGCUUCAUCCAGGAGGUUCAUGGGCACUACCUGCACCAGCGCCCGCUGCAUACGCCCAUCGUAGUUCACUGCAGCUCGGGCGUGGGCAGAACUGGUGCCUUCUGCCUGCUGUACGCUGCGCUGCAAGAGCUGGAGGCGGGGAACGGCAUCCCGGACCUGCCGCUGCUGGUGAGGAAGAUGAGGCAGCAGAGGAAGAACAUGCUGCAGGAGAAGCUGCACCUUAAGUUCUGCUAUGAGGCCGUCCUGAAGCAUGCUGAACAGGUCCUCCAGCGCCACGGUGUCUCGACCGCCCCCUGCAGCAAGAGCAACAACAGCAUAGCCCCAAAGACUUACUCGCGGCAGGAGUCCCAGGACAUCGUUCUUGGGGGUGACAUGCCGAUCAGCUCCAUCCAGGCCACCAUUGCCAAGCUGAGCAUCCGCCCUCCCAGUGCCUCUGAGCAGGGGCUUGAUUUAGGCCAGGAUCUGCCGCCUCCUGCCUUAGCUGAUGUCCUAAUUCCAGGGGAUGUAGAGCCCAGCUCUCUGUCACCUCCAGAGCCCACUCUCAGUGAGCCCCUGCCCCUGUCGCUCAGCCCCCCACCCUCCUCUCCUGAGAAGGCGCAGUCCCCUCCUCCCCCAAAUCAGGAGCAUGGCAAUGGCCUGGAUGGGCCUGUCCCUGCAACCGCCAAUCACCAUUCUGAUCCCACCCAAAUGCCAGCUCCAGCCCUGCCCCCUGCACUAGGCUCCUCCUCUUCCUCUUCCUCAUCUUUGGAGCUGCUGGCCUCCAUGACCCCCGAAGCGUUCACGCUGGACAGCGCCUAUCGGGGGAAGCAGCGCAUCAAUAAGCAGAGCUUUCUCCAGCCGCACGAGGGCCAGGGCUUGCAGGGGGUGCCGUCAGAAGAUGAUCCGCUCAGCAACCUGGAUCCGCUCUGGACGCUGAACAAGACUUGAGCCGGCCCCGUAGGUCCGGUUCAGCUCCUUCGCUCUUUCUCUCGCUCUUUGCCUUCUAGCGCAGGAUCGGUCCAGUUCUGUCGGCCCACUAUUAUCCUUCAUCCUCCAGAAAUCGCCUGCGCGCGUGGGACCACUUCAGUGUCAGUCUGUCUGUUUCUGUGUCCUAAAGAGUCUUCUUCCAGCUGUGCCACCAAACAUAAGCCCCCUCUCCCCUCCAGUUUGAGUCUGUCCAGUCAUACCCCGUAUCCCAGCAUGCUAUCCUGCUACAGUAACACAUUGUCUCAGUACUGAGAGCAUGUGAAUGCACAAUUGCAGCACGCUUCCUGCCUCCUGGAUACCGGCCUUUUGGGGUGUGGGACCCCACAGAGUUAAGUUCACCAAAGCUGCUUGAUGUUGACGGUGACUGUGGAUCUCGGACACCUGGGAUGAAGAAGCACUUGGCCAUCGCAUCGGUGUGCACUAACAAUGACAAAACAAAGAGGAACAGCUUCCCAUCCCAUCAGCAUGGGCAGUGGAGCAAUCCCAGAGUCCACCUGGCUUCCUGAAUCAGAAGCUUGCCUAUCAUAACAGUUACUGUACACACUGGCACUACAGCAUCCCACGUGUGAGCUGUUGAGAUUGUGUUGAUCUGUAUGUAUGUAUGUAGAAUGGAAGUGUAGCGAGUAAUGAAAUAGGCCACAUAUUCUCACUUUAAUGGCGUUACACAGACACACACACACACACGUUAUCAGCAGACCUUGAAUAAUAACGCACCUUUUUAAUGCAGUGACUAUUCUCCUCCUUUCUGUAACAAUGUAAAUAAGUCUUAAUUAAAAUAAACCUGGAACUCAC